UUUACUUUGUGCAGCUACAGGUGGGUUGAUUCAUUCUUGCAGGCACGGACGUUGUUGCACCUGUGCCAGUCUCUGCUUUGGUAGCAGUCUCACUCACAGGUUGACGGACUCCGGACACUGACUCAUCAACUACUUUUGUAACAGAUCUUACAGGAUGAACAAAGAGUACACAGAGGUCAGUCCCUCUGAUCCCUCCGUUAACGCCUACACCACCACCCUGUCCGCUGUGAAGGCCGAGAUCGACUACAAGCGCAAGAAGUGCCGCUACGUCCGCAAAGAUGGCAAGUGCAAUGUCCUGUUCCGCCAUGUUCCUGAGGAGUGGCUCAUGUACAUCACUGACAUCUUCACCACGCUGGUGGAGAUCAGAUGGCGCGUCAUGUUCCUCAUCUUCGCCCUCUCCUACAUCUUCUCCUGGCUCUUCUUCGGCAUCAUCUAUUGGGUGAUUGCCAUGGCUAACGGCGACAUGAAGGACCCGACUAACGCCCCCUGCGUGUACGAGGUGAGGGACUUCACUGGGGCUUUCCUCUUCUCACUGGAGACCCAGACCACGAUCGGUUAUGGUUUUAGGGGGAUGUCGGAGAACUGCAUGGUGGCGAUUAUCGUUGUGACUGUGCAGGACGUCAUCAGCUGUUUUAUUGAUACAUUUGUCAUCGGUAUCGCUGUGGCGAAGAUGGCAUCGGCACGGAAACGAGCGCAGACGGUGGGCUUCAGCAACUGCGCCGUCAUUAACUUGCAAAAUGGGCAGUUGUGCCUGUCUUGGAGGAUUGGGGACUUCCGCCGGCACCACAUGGUGGAGGGGAAGGCUCGCGCCCAAAUCUUCCGACCCAACAUGCACGCCACAGGCUCGGAAGAUGUCAACUACAAGGACCUGGAAAUCAAACAGAGUGAUUUAAUUUUAGCGAUACCAACCACCAUCUUCCACGUUAUUGAGCCAAGUAGUCCACUCUACCGCAUGAGCCUAGAGGAGCUUCGGAAAGAUGACUUUGAGUUGGUGGUGUCCUUCACCUACACAGACGACUCGACGGGCAUCCUGCACCAGACCCGCACCUCCUACACGCCCGACGAGAUCCACUGGGGACAUCUGUUCCAAGAGAUGCUGAAUGUUAACCGGAGGUACUACAAGAUAGACUACUCCAUGUUCCACCACACUGCUAAGGUCCUGGUUCCGGAGGUCAGUGCAGAGGAGUACGAGCAAAUGAAGCUUGGGCAUUACCCACGCAACUCGCCGCGCCCCAAGCGCCCAUGCAUUAAUCGCAAACCCCCGACUGUGACUGUAGAACUGGUGAAUGGCACCCCAGAACCAGAAGAACAUGUUGCCACGGUUGCCACUAUUGCAGCAGUUUGUGAGGAUCACUGACAUUUGUGUCUUACAAGGAACCCUAAUCUGACAUAGAUGUUCUACUGAUAUGAUGAUGCCAACACAGUGAUCAAUGGCCCUUCAGAAACAUAUGAACUCAUGGACAAUUUGAUCAUUUCUUCACAGGCAACAGUAAGAGCAGGCUGUGUACUUAGUGGAAUGUCUUGCAGGAAGUAACCCCCCCAACCCACACAAAUGUGGAAACUGCUGUCGUGUUGCUUGCUAAGUUUUUUGUCAAACUUAGUAUCUAUGGUGGAGUCACAAUAUAAUACAAACAAUUAUACAAUGUCUGCUCCUCAAUAUGAUAGAUAGGCUACUGAAAUCAAAGAGAUACAGAAAAUGAAUAAAAAUAAGAUAUUCAUGAUUUUUAUGGAGAGGUUAUAGUAACUUAGUACUGUCAUCUACAACAGAAAGUACUAUAUAGAGAUUCAUUUAUUUUCAGAAUAUGUUUUGAGGUGUCAGAUAAAAUGCUGUUUUAUUUUGCUUUGUAAAAUAUGUACAGUGUCUUCAGAAGUACCCCUUGACUUAUUUCACAUUUUGUUACAGCCUGAAUACAAAAUGGAUUAAAUAUGUUUUACUCACCCAUCUACACACAAUACCCCAUAAUGACAAAGUGAAAGCAUGUAUUUAGAAAUGAUUGCAACUUUAUUUAAAAUGAAAUACAAAAAUAUCAAAUUUACAUAAGUAUUCACAUGCUAGAAUCACCUUUAGCUGCGAUUAGAGCUGUGAGUCUUUCUGGGUAAGUCUCUAAGAGCUUUGCAUACCUUAUUGUACAAUAUUUGCACAUUAUUCUUUUUAAAAUUCUUCAAACUAUGUCAAGUUGGUUGUUGAUCAUUGCUACACAGCCAUUUUCAAAUCUUGCCAUAGAUUUUCAAGCCGAUUUAAGUCCAAACUGUAACUUUGCUAAAUAGGAACAUUCAUUGUUGUCUUGGUAAGCAACUCCAGUGAAUAUUUGGCUGUGUUUUAGGUUAUUGUCCUGCUGAAAGGUGAAUUUGUUCCCCAGUGCUUUGUACCCCAAAGCAGACUGAACCAGGUUUUCCUCUAGGAUUUUGCCGGUGCCUAGCUCUAUUUCGUUAAUUUUUCCUAAAAAACUCCCUAGUCCUUGCCGAUGACAAGCAUACUCAUAACAUGAUGCAACCACCAACAAGCUUGAAAAUAUGAAGAGUGGUACUCAGUGAUGUGUUGUGUUGGAUUUGUUGAAACAAAAUGCUUUAUAUUCAGGACAUAAAGUUAAUUUCUUACAACUUUACAACUUUUUUUACAACUUUAGUGCCUUAUUGCAAACAGUAUAUAUGUUUUGAAAUCGUUGUAUUCUGUACAGGCUUUCUUCUUUUCACACUGUCAUUUAGAUUAGUAUUGUGCAGUAACUACAAUGUUGUUGAUCUAUCCUCAGUUUUCUCCUAUCCCAGCCAUUCAAAUCUGUUUUAAAGUUAGCAUUGGCCUCAUGGUGAAAUCCCUGAUCAGUUUCCUUCCUUUCUGGCAACUGAGUUAGGAAGGACGCUGUAUCUUUGUAGUGACUGGGUGUAUUGAUACACCAUCCAAAGUGUAAUUAAUAAC